CAGGUGUUACGUGUCUCCCUCUCUUCCUCUCCCUCUCUGCAUCUGUCGCUUACUUAAGUACUGUUCUCUCUCUUCGCUCGCGCAGAAAGUCCGAUCGAUCCGGCUGCGCACCGCGUGCACGGCUGAUCAAACACAUCUGUACUCUCGAGCUCCACUUAAACUGCUGCCUGCGACCGCACCAACGUCCUCUGACACAGCUGGGCCUGCAAUGCUGUAGUCUGUGAAGCCAGGAACUUGCUUGAGUACUCAUCACCAGAAUGCGCUCCUCCCUUGGGCCAGUAACUAAGCCAGCCUCCCUUACCCUGCAGCAGGAACUGGACUCAGGCAAGGCCGAUCGAGGGGACUCACCUCCUCUUUCCUCCCCUAUUUACGCCUCCUCGCUCGGCAACCACACCAUCUGCAUUCCAUCUCCCUAUGUGGAGACCAGUCAGGAUUACUCAACACCACAUGGGGGAGAAUUCAACCUUGGAGCCCUAACACUCUACAGCCCAGUGUCCUCCACUUUGCUGGGAUUCCCCCAUUCUCCUGUGUCUGAAAGCUCAGUCCCACUUAGUCCGACAAUCUUCUGGCCUCCCCACACCACACACACCACUCUCCACUGCCCACCUCCUUUGGCUUAUUGUGAACCGUACGCACACACCGCGUGGGAAGACGCGAAGACUCUUAGCCUUAAUCAGAGCAGUUCUGUCCUUGCUCAUGCAAAGUUGUUAGGGCAGCAACUGGGUGGUGAUGAUGCCUUGAAUCCUUUGCCAGGGAUUGUGAGUAAAGGAGACACACAAUUCUGUGCAGUGUGUCAUGACUACGCCUCUGGGUAUCACUAUUGUGUCUGGUCAUGUGAGGGGUGCAAGGCUUUCUUCAAACGGAGCUUUCAAGGACACAAUGACUACAUUUGUCCAGCUACCAACCAGUGCACUAUCGACAAGAGCAGACGCAAGAGCUGCCAGGCCUGUCGACUGCGCAGGUGCUAUGAAGUGGGCAUGAUGAAGUGUGGUGUGAGGCAGGAACGCUGCAGUUACCGUGGUGCUCGUCAUCGCCGCACCCCCCAGAAUAAAGAACGCUUGGGCGGGGCAUUAGGGGUCAGAGGUCACUCCCAGCAUCAUCUAGAAUUUCCUCUCAAUCCCCCUCAUCAUUCUUUUCCUUCAGGGGGUGGGGCUGAGGGGCAUGGCCUGAAACUCUCACCUGAGCAGUUAGUGAACUGUAUUCUGCAGGCGGAGCCUCCUCAGAUUUACCUGCGAGAGCCAGUAAAGAAGCCGUAUACAGAGGCCAGCAUGAUGAUGUCACUAACCAACCUCGCUGAUAGGGAGCUUGUGCUCAUGAUCAGCUGGGCUAAGAAGAUACCAGGUUUUGUGGAGCUGAGUUUGUCAGAUCAGGUGCAUCUAUUGGAAUGCUGCUGGCUGGAUAUUCUCAUGUUGGGAUUAAUGUGGAGAUCUGUGGAUCAUCCCGGGAAACUCAUCUUCUCACCAGACCUCAAACUCAACCGGGAUGAGGGGAGUUGUGUUGAAGGCAUAAUGGAGAUCUUUGACAUGCUGCUGGCCACCACCUCCAGAUUCAGAGAACUGAAGCUACAGAGAGAGGAAUAUGUGUGCCUCAAAGCCGUAAUCCUUCUAAACUCCAAUAACUGUUCAAGCUCAUCACAGAACCUUGAUAAUGUGGAGAGUCGUGGGAAGGUUCUGAGGCUGCUGGACUCUGUGACUGACGCUCUGGUUUGGGCCAUCUCCAGAACCGGACUGUCUACACAGCAGCAAUCCAUUCGGCUCGCCCACCUGCUGAUGCUGCUCUCACAUAUACGACACCUCAGCAACAAAGGCAUUGAGCAUCUGUCGAGAAUGAAGAGAAAAAACGUGGUGCUUCUGUACGAUCUUUUGCUAGAGAUGCUGGAUGCGAACACUUCUCAGAGCAGCCGCAUGCUGGUGGCUGACGCAGAUUCCUCCCCCUGGCAAGACACACAACAGACCCCAGAAACCCAUCUAAACUCAUCAAGACAGCAGCCUGCACCGAAAGAGAUUGACCCUGUGACCUGCCACAGUCCAUGAGUGCAAAGUAAAUGAGGAGCUGCAGGUGGGGUGAUGUUGGGUCCUCAUUGAAUGUCCGACCAGGGGCCCAAGUAGAACUUCUAAAAACAUUUUUAGGCAAAACUGUACACAGCUGAAAAAUGAAAAUGUUGGAGAAAUUAGAGAUUCAAUAACCUUUUUGUCCUGUGGCUCACACUGGCAGUGCAAGGUUUGCAUUAUAAUAAGUUUGUAAUAAAAUGUACUUUAUUGAUUCUCUAUGAUUAAUGGCUAUUUAUAUCAUGGCCUAUUUCAGUGGACCCAUUAUGUAAUCCACACUACAACAAUUAUUUAAAUUAAAAAUGACUCGAAUAAACAAAAGGACAAACAGCAUUCUUUAGAUAACCGUAAAGAACAAAACAAAAUAUCUGACACUUUGGCCGUAAGAGUGAAAGUGAAACUUGUUGGCUUUUCACCAAAUUAUUACCAUAAUAACUGGAUUUCAAAAAUAAAAAAAAUAAUAUCUGGUUGCCAGAAGAAUUCUAGCAGAUAAACCAGAAAAUCAAUGACAUAUAACAUAUCUGUUGAGAUAAUUUAACAACUUCAGUAGUUUUACAUUAUUCACACAUGCACACACAAAAAACCCCAAAAUGCAGCCAUUUAAACUUGGCUGAAUAAAUUAAAACAUAAAAGAACUCAAAUGAAAAAGACACCUCUUUCUCUCUCCCGCUCCAUUUCUAUCCAUGGCUUUGACCAAAAAAACGGCAGUUAAAAGAGCUACAAAUAAAAUAUUUGUAUAUAAGUCAUAUUUAAAUAUAAGUCAUUGCACAUUGACUUUGAGUCCCAGAAACUAUACAACUCAUUCUGUCAAUAUAUAUGAACAUCUUGUUCACACAGACGCAUCAACAGGGUUUCUAUUUAAAUAUACAGUCACGAGUGAGCUAAAGCUUAAAUUAUUCUGUGAUUUACAUUUAAAAAAUAAAUACAUUUAUUUUUGUGUGAAGGAGAAUUUCAGUGUUUUCAUGACUUCUAGAGUAGACAGUUCUAUUUUGCUAUAUAAAACAGUUAAAACUUUAUUGAGUGGACCUUUGAUUAAGCACUAAACCUGUACUUUUAUCCCCCGAAAAGUUCUCCAAGAAUUCAAAUAUAAUCUUUCAUGAGGGAAGGAUUCAGAACAAUCCCUCUCCCUGUUGAGCAACAGACCUUAGAACCAGAAACGGAAAGUUACUGUCUAUUGCAUGUUCUGAUUGUUGUAAUAAAAACUACUGAAUGUUGAUGUCCAAAUGUAAGAGUUUUGUCUCUCACAUCAAACAGAGCUACAGGAUCUGCUACAGUAUAGUUAACUGGGAAAAGUGGACUUAAUACAUCCCGUUUCCUCUUCCUAAUUUUACUGAAGCAUUG